GCGAGAAUAAAGGAUAAAGGGAAGAUAAAGGAAAUGGACAAGAAAAAAUAUUAGAGAAGCUGAGCCAUCACCAGCCUGUGGCCAACUGGUCCCCUCUGCCCGCAUUGUAGGUGGUGAGGAGGCUGAGGUGGGUGCAUGGCCAUGGCAGGCCAGCUUGCAGAUGUUUGACUCACACCAAUGUGGGGGAACCCUCAUCGCCUCACGCUGGGUACUCACAGCUGCACAUUGCUUUAGCAGUAUUACAGAUCCCUCCUUGUUUGUCGUCAUAUUGGGAGCCCACAAUCUCUCAUACCCUGGACCUGAAGCUGUGUCAGUUCUUGUGAAGCAAAUCAUCAUCCACUCUGACUUCUUGGGAUACAGGGAUGGCAAUGAUAUUGCACUUAUGGAACUGGAAGGCCCUGUCAACUUCACCCACCGCAUCCAGCCUGCCUGCAUCCCAGGACCUUCCAUCUCCUUCCUUCCCAGGUUGGGGUGUUGGGUCGCAGGCUGGGGAAACAUCCAAUCGGGAGUCCCACUACCUGAGCCAGAGCUCCUACAGGAAGUGCUGCUUCCGCUGAUGGAUACAGCUACCUGUGAGGCCCUUUACAGUGACUAUAAAGAUGAAAAAACUCCAAGUACUGGUGUAAUCAAGGAUGACAUGAUGUGUGCAGGAUACAUGGAAGGGAAAAGGGAUGCCUGCCAGGGGGACUCAGGAGGACCAUUGAUUUGCCCAUGGGGUGGGGCUUGGCUUUUGGCUGGUGUGGUGAGCUGGGGGGAUAUUUGUGGUGCCCCUAAGCGUCCUGGUGUCUAUACCCGGGUCAGCGCCCACAGCAGUUGGAUCUUGAGACAUGCCCCAGAAGUGACUGCCAAUUUCAUCAAUGGUGCCUCAAGCAGGGGUUGUGCCCAGUUUCUGGUACUAAUAGUGCUACACUGCCUUCAUUAACUACCAACAGUAUGCAGGGUGCAGGUCAGGAUUGCUAUGGCUUCUUUGCUUUGACCAAUAUCUGGCAAAGGUGACUGGGAAAGCAUUUUUGGAUAUAUGAAAUACCUGGAGUUCUGGGAAACAUCAUAAAACAAUGGUACCUCAUCUGUGUUACAGGAGAGAGCUAUCUUGUAGACUUUCUGUCAGCUUUACAUUGUAUUAAACCUAACCUUAAUUUAUUUUAAUGAUUUGCCACCAAGCGAGUGGCAGGUGUCUCUAACUUUGGUCCAAGUUACCCCACAAAGUAGCAAACCUUCAAUCCAUUCAAUUUAAAAUUUGCUAGUUUCAACUUCUCAACAACAGCUAGGAACAGCUAGUGACUGUUACAGUUCUUCCUGUAGUCAAGUUCAAUUUGAAUAGUUCCCACAUCCAAGCUUGAUGAGACGUCUUGCUUAUAAAUGCAAAGGCUCUCUGUAAACUGUCAAUCAUCUGAGUGGCUGUGUCACAAUUGUUGGUGUGAGCCAGUUAGGAAUGUGAAAGACUAUCCAUAAUAAAAGACACUGCUAUAUCAUUUAGAUGUCUCCAUAGGCUUAUUGAUGUUGCAACAUCGGUAGGCUUCUCAUGUUUGAUCCAAGAAAUGACCCCUCUUAUUCUCAGAGUGACUUCCAAUCUUCUCAUCCAUUGGGUAAAGUUACUCGCUGUGAGUCUAAGCCAUGGGUAGGCAAACUAAGGCCUGGGGGCCAGAUCCGGCCCAAUUGCCUUCUAAAUCCGGCCCGUGGACGGUCGGGGAAUCAGUAUGUUUUUACAUGAGUAGAAUGUGCCCUUUUAUUUAAAAUGCAUC